AUGAAGCAUUGUGUGCAGCUGAUUUUUGUGUCUAUUUUGUGCGGUUGUUUGGGACAAUCCACUCCGGAUAGUCCAGCUAUUGAUCUUUUACCGCCAUUUGAGGAAGAAGUCAAACCACGUGCAAUAUCCGUGGAAUCAAUUGCAACAUCAGAACUUCCUCCCUUUCCGGACUCACCCAGAUCGCGGUCCAACACUCAAGCUGCCCUUCAAUCCACAACUGAGACGCCAACAGUAACUUCUGAGGCUACACCCAAAGAGGUUUCAUCAUUUUCACUUGAACCUGUUGAAAUAAAGUCGACCGCACCAAAAUUCUCAAGUCGUCAGGUUGCAGAGAAACCCUUCGUGGUAGCGACUCAAAAGGAGAAUCAGAAAUCUCUUCCAAGGCAGCAAACUUUUGAGAGCAUCUCUCCAAAUAAUUUCCACAACAGUCCCGCUCUUUCAGAUGGAUCAUAUAAGUUUAGCUAUAACCUGGAGACUGGCAUUCAUCGUGAAGAAGAAGGAAGUCUACAGCCAGGACAAACAUCCGAAUUCUCAGGACAGAAUGUCAAUGGAGGAUAUUCCUACACAGCACCCGAUGGUCAAGUGAUAUCUGUAAAAUAUGUUGCCGAUGAGUUUGGCUAUCGUCCAGUGGGAAGUCAUAUUCCAGCUAUUCCUGAACCCAUUGCCCGUGCCCUCAAGUACCUUCAGUCCAAAGCCCAGACCCAGUGAGAACGUGUGACGUUUUGUAAGAAUGCAGAUAAGGCUAAUUAGUAGCAUAUGCCAAAUUAUAUUAAUUUGCAGUAUGAUUAUCUUUCGCAGUAAGAUAAAAUAAAAAAAAAUUCCCACUCGUCUCAAAGCAAAUAAAUUGAAGAAAACAGAGAUGUAUUUAUCUUUCCUGAGAUACCCACCAUAUGGAUUC